AUGUAUUGGAAAUCUAAAGAUUAUGAAGAUCCUUUACCUGAAGAAGGGCCAGAUCCUGAAUCCCGAUGGGGUCUGGUAUUUGAUGGAGCUGUUAAUGCUUAUGGUCGAGGAAUUGGGGCAUUAAUUAUCAUGCCACAAGGAUCUCACGUACCAUUUACUUCAAGACUGACGUUUGACUGCCCCAACAAUAUGGCAGAAUACGAAGCUUGUAUCAUAGGACUAGAGGAAGCCAUUGAUCUUAGAAUCAAGAUUCUCGAUGUAGAUUAUGCCCGAAGACUGUUGACCUUCUUCAACAAAGUUGAGUUCCAUCACAUACCUCGUGAGGAAAAUCAAAUGGAAGAUGCAUUAGCCACUUUGGCUUCCAUGUAUCAAGUGAAGUUUCCAAAUGAAGCUCCUCAAAUUACAAUCAUGCGCCUGGAUAGGCCGGCUCAUGUAUUCGCUGUUGAAAUUAUCACGGAUGACAAGCCGUGGUUUCAUGACAUCAAAAUCUUCCUAUAG